AUGGCCUACACUACCCGCAAGGUCGCGCCGGCCAACACGCUCGAGCACCGCGUCUUCAUCGAGAAGGACGGCCAGCCCAUCUCAGCAUGGCACGACAUCCCGCUCUACGCCAACGAGCAGCAGACGAUCCUCAACAUGGUCGUUGAGGUGCCUCGCUGGACCAACGCGAAGAUGGAGAUCUCCAAGGAGGAGAAGCUCAACCCCAUCAAGCAGGACAUCAAGAAGGGCAAGCUCCGCUUCGUGAGGAACUGCUUCCCCCACAAGGGCUACCUCUGGAACUACGGUGCCCUGCCUCAGACGUGGGAGGACCCCAAUGUGACCCACCCUGAGACCAAGGCCAAGGGCGACAACGACCCGCUGGACGUCUGCGAGAUUGGCGAGCUCGUCGCGAAGCCUGGCGAUGUUAUCCAGGUCAAGGUCCUCGGUGUCAUGGCUCUGCUCGACGAGGGCGAGACGGACUGGAAGAUCAUGGUCAUCAACGUCAACGACCCAUUGGCCCCCAAGCUCAACGACGUCGAGGACGUCGAGCGCCACCUGCCUGGUCUUUUGCGCGCCACCAACGAAUGGUUCCGCAUCUACAAGAUCCCAGAUGGCAAGCCCGAGAACCAGUUCGCCUUCUCCGGCGAGUGCAAGAACAAGAAGUACGCCAUGGACAUUGUCCGUGAGUGCGCUGAGGCUUGGGAGAAGCUCAUUACCGGCAAGACCAACAAGGACGAGAAUGACCUUACCAACACCACCGUUUCUCACUCUGCCGACCGAACCGACGCCAGCCAGAUCAAAAUCGCCAGCGGCGAGAACCACUCCCCUGCACCUAUCGAUCCCAGCAUUGACAAGUGGUUCUACAUCUCUGGUGCACCCUCCAACUAG